GGGCGGGCGGCGGCGGCGCGCAACCCGGAGGGUGGAGCCCCGGGCCAAGCAGGCAGGUGCGCGCGGGUUGGAGGGUGGAGCCGCGAUGCCGCGAUGGAGCGCAGCCCGGGCGGGCACCGGGACCCGGGCCGGAGCACCAGGCGGAGCGCGAUCCGGAGCCGCAGCCAGAGCCCGGGCCAGGCCGGGGUCCGGGACUGCAGGGCCGGGUUGCUCGUAGCGGCGGCGACGGAGCCCCCCAGCGGCUGAGGGGCUUCCUUCCAGCCCCUUUGCGGGUGGCCGGGACUCAGCAAACCCCCGCAACGGGGAGCGUGGGGAUCCCCCCACCACAUCCAGAACCCAGACAACCCCAAGAAAGCGGGGUGGGGGGAGCCUCCAGAUCUAACACAGAACGACUUCCCAGCCGGCGAAGGCGAAGACUUUCUCGGUAUUGAGAAGACUCCCCUUCUUCAAUCCGGGCGACCCCCAAGACCUAGAACACAGUGACCCCCCUCUCCGGGAUUGCGGCACCCCCUCUCAAGAUUCUGGGCAAUACAACUCUACACCUCAAGACAAGAAGACCCAGUCGGAACGCCCCUAGAUCAGAGUCCUAGACGCCCCCGCCCCCAAUUCCGGCACACAGAAACCCCAAAUCUAGGGACCCGAGGACAGCAAGAGCUAUCCCUUACCAGCAAGAGGCCUCGGGGCAUCGCUCCCCCCCCCCCCCCCCACACACACACACACACACUCAAAGAUUCAGGACCUGGGCGACUGAGUCCCUCACGGCGCCCUUCGCAUCCCAGCCAAUGGUUGUGGCGCCCUGAGCCCCUCGGGCCGGGCUGACGAAAACCGAGACGGCGCCCAGGCCCCCUGCCGCGGCGUCCCCGCGGCCCCAGCCCAGGGAGAAGAUGAGCGUGGGCUGCCCGGAGCCCGACCCGCCCCGCUCCCUGCCCUGCUGUGGGCCGGGGACGGCCCCUGGACUGGGCGCCGGCGUGCCGCUCCUCACUGAAGACAUGCAGGCGCUGACCCUCCGCACGCUGGCUGCUAGUGAUGUCACCAAGCACUACGAACUGGUCCGGGAGCUGGGUAAAGGCACCUAUGGGAAGGUUGACCUGGUGGCAUACAAGGGCACAGGCACGAAAAUGGCACUGAAAUUCGUGAACAAGAGCAAAACCAAGCUGAAGAACUUCCUGCGGGAGGUGAGCAUCACCAACAGCCUCUCCUCCAGCCCCUUCAUUAUCAAGGUCUUCGACGUGGUGUUUGAGACCGAGGACUGCUACGUCUUCGCCCAGGAGUACGCGCCCGCCGGGGACCUGUUUGACAUCAUCCCUCCUCAGGUGGGGCUCCCUGAGGACACAGUGAAGCGCUGUGUGCAGCAGCUGGGCCUGGCACUGGAUUUCAUGCACGGGCGGCAGCUGGUGCACCGCGACAUCAAACCUGAGAAUGUGCUGCUGUUCGACCGUGAGUGCCGCCGCGUGAAGCUGGCGGACUUCGGCAUGACACGCCGUGUGGGCUGCCGCGUGAAACGGGUCAGCGGCACCAUCCCGUACACAGCGCCUGAGGUGUGCCAGGCGGGCCGCGCCGACGGCCUGGCCGUGGACACCGGCGUGGACGUGUGGGCCUUCGGCGUGCUCAUUUUCUGCGUGCUCACCGGCAACUUCCCGUGGGAGGCGGCCUCAGGAGCCGAUGCCUUCUUUGAGGAGUUCGUGCGCUGGCAGCGUGGCCGCCUGCCCGGGCUGCCGUCCCAGUGGCGCCGUUUCACAGAGCCUGCCCUGCGCAUGUUCCAGCGGCUGCUGGCGCUGGAGCCAGAGCGGCGCGGCCCGGCCAAGGAGGUCUUCCGCUUCCUCAAACACGAGCUCACCUCCGAGCUGCGGCGCAGGCCCUCGCACCGCGCGCGCAAGCCCGCGGGGGACCGCCCGCCGCCAGCAGGGCCACUGCGUCUGGAGGCGCCAGGGCCGCUCAAGCGCACGGUGCUGACAGAGAGUGGCAGCGGCUCCCGACCCUCUCCCCCCGCCGUUGGGCCAGUGCCCGUGCCUGAGGCUGGCCUGGCCCCCCCAGGGCCCCCAGGCAGGACCGAUGGCCGCCCAGACAAGAGCAAAGGGCAGGUGGUGCUGGCCACGGCCAUUGAGAUCUGCGUCUGAGCCGUCCUGCCGCCCUCACGCAGGGGACUGAGGGUUGGUUGCUGCGCACGCAGUGGGGCUGGGUGCUGGAGCCACCCUGGGCCCGUACCAAGCUGGUGGAGGAGGCAGCGGCAACAUGGACCAGCCCCGCGGGAGUGGUGGUAGAUUAGGCAGGAAGGCAGCCCGGGCACCCAUCCGUCCAAGGGGCUGGGGAGAUAACCACCAAAAGGCCUCUGGCCUGGCCUGUGGGGCAGGGGCGUGGCCCACAGGAGCCAAGCCCCACAAACCUGAGGAUUCAGAGGCCCCCCUGACACCAGGAGCACAGAGCUUGCUGGCGGACUCCCAGCAGCUCCCUGAACCCUGGAACCCUGACUACUUGCUCCUGGCCCUGUGCACCUCCUGGCAGAUGAUCCCGCAGCCCCACCCUAGGUUCUGCCCUCCUGCCCCCCACCCUCCCAUCCUGGACACAGACAGGGACUGAAGUGUUGGAGCAGAGAAGAGGCUUAGGGACCCUGGGCACUGGCCAGAAAGAGGAUGGUGAGCUGAGGGCAAUGUUGCCCAGCUGCCUCCUGCUGCUUCCCUGGGAACCUGGAGGGGAGAGGCUAAGACCCCUGCAAAAUGUAGCAAAUGUCUGGAUGUUUCAAAGUGUGUGUGUGUGUGUGUGUGUGUGCGCACACACGUGCGCGCGAGUGCAAGCACAGGCCCUGGGAAUCCAGUGACACCCCCCAACCCAUCCUGCUGAUGAGAAUGCUGAGCCCACGUGGAGGGCAGCUUGCCUUGGCCCACACAUCCACUGAAGAUGACGCUCUGGGAGUCCUCCCCUCCUCCCCGGGGACUGAAGGGCUCCCAGAGCAGGGGAGUGAGUGCAGAGCCCGGGGGCACCCAACUCCCCAGCUGGCCGCACCUUCCCCAGGCCCAGGGAACUGCGCAGAUCCUCCGACGUCCUCGCUGCCCGGCCCAGACAGCGCCCUGGCGUUUGGCAGGCUGUGAAGUGAUUUGUGCCAGAAAUUUCCCCUGGGUUUCUGCUGGGGUCAAAGCUGUCGGUCUCAGGCUGACCCUGUCCCCACAUCUCACACAUUUCUGGCCCUGGCGUGCAACACUGUGGGUAUGAGAAUGGGGCUGCCGAGGAAGUGUGAGGGCAGUGAGCGUGUGAUGGGUGUGUGUGAGCGCACAGAG